AUGUUUUUUAAGCGUACGAUUGUUGCUGCUUCGAAUCCGAACAACAACUCGCCUUCCAACAACAAUAAUACUACUAACAACACAACGACGCAACCUGCAAAUGAUCGUGGUGGACCUAUUUAUAAUUUUGAUCAUACAUGGAAACAUUUGAAAGAAGGAAUUAACAAGCUCGUAGAAUUCCUCGAUUCCAAUCUAACCAAACCAUUUAAUUAUACGGAGCAUAUCUCACUCUAUAGUGAUGUCUACAAUUUAUGUACUCAAAGAGUAGAUACUGGUGAUCCCUUUCUCCAUGCAGCUGAAUUACUCUAUGACAAACAUCGAAAAUGUGUUUCCGAAUAUUUAAAACAAAAAGUCAUUCCUUCUCUCAAAGAAAAACAAGGUCAAAUACUACUCACAGAAUCUAUCAAGAGAUGGAAAGAUCAUCAAUUAAUCAUCAAAUACUUGUUGAAAAUAUUUCACUAUUUGGAUCGAUUCUACACCAAAAACAAUGGAAAAGAUUCCUUGCGUGAAGUCGCUCUCGAUUUAUAUUUUGAAAAAGUUUAUAUGAAAAUUAAAACAGAUUUAGCACAAGCCAUUUAUGAUAAAAUUCAAAAUGAAAGAGAUGGUGAAAUUAUAGAUCGAUCCAUUCUCAAAGAUGGAAUUGCAAUCUUCAUUGAAAUGGCACAAGAAAAUAGACCAUUAACCUAUGAAGAGGAUUUUGAAAAGAAAUUGUUACAAGAAACUGAAUUAUAUUACAAUAGACAAAGUUCAAAAUGGAUUGAAGAAAUGAAUUGUGUUGAUUAUAUGAAGAAAGUAGAAGAGAGAAUAGCAAGUGAAGAACGAAGAUGUUUAACUUAUUUGGCACCUCAAACUAAACCCAAAUUGAUGUCUGUUGUAUAUGAUGAAUUAAUUAGAAAACAUCAAAUGACCAUGAUCAAUAUGGAAAAUUGUGGAAUGAUUUCAUUGUUGCAAACCAUGGCAAAGGAAGAUUUGAGUCGAAUGUUUAAAUUUUUUGAAACGAUUCAAAAUGUGAAACCAAUGGCAGACAAGUUAGAGACUUACAUUCGAGAAGAAGGCAUCAAAUUGUUAGAGUCUUUUGCAAGUAAGAGUGUUAUUGAUGUGAAGGGUUAUGUUGAAGGAUUAUUACAAUUACAUGAUACAUUUUUGAAAUUGGUCAAUGUUGAAUUCAAAAAGAAUGCUCUAUUUUUGGAAGCCAUGCAUAAUGCAUUUGUCUAUUUUGUGAAUAUGGAUUUAGUAUUAUCGAAUACUACUACUACAAAUACUACAAAUACUACAAAUACUACAAAUACUACCAACACUACAAAUACUACAAGUGGUAGUAAUAGUCAAAUAAGUGCUCCACAACCCACUUCCAGUGAUCCCUUCUCUUCUUCAUCACUUCUAGUCUCUACCAAUCGAUCCUCAGGUGCUGAAUUAAUCUCUUCCUAUUGUGAUAUUGUGAUGAGAGAAAUAGACAAGUAUGAUGAACUCAAAAUUGAUGAACUUUUUGAAAACAUUGUUCGUCUCUUUGGUUAUUUGAGAGAUAAGGAUUGUUUUGUAGAAUUCUAUCGAAGACAAUUAAGUAAGAGAUUAAUUGUUUCAUAUCACAGCAAAACUAGUUCCUCACGAAGACUCUCUUCAGAUUAUGAUUCUGAACGAUUGUUGAUAUCAAAACUUAAAAUCAAAAUGGGAGCACAAUUUACUUCCAAAUUAGAAGGAAUGAUCAAAGAUAAGACUCUCUCUGAAGAACUUGCUACAGCCUUCUCUGAAUAUUUAAAGAAUAAGAGUCUAACAUUACCAUUAGAUUUUACACCACAAAUAUUAACCACUGGAUUUUGGCCAACACUCAAAUCAGAUCCAAUGAAUCUCUCGGAAGAAUUUACAAAAUGUGUGAAUGUAUUUAAAGAUUUUUAUGAUUCAAGAACAGAGAGUCGAUCAUUGAAAUGGAUUCAUUCUUUAGGUACCUGUCAAAUAUUAGCAAGAUUUAUGAAUGGUGAUCGAGAUAUCAUGCUCAAUCAAUAUCAAGCCAUGAUUUUACUGUUAUUUAACAAUUCCAGUGAAUUGAAUACUUUACAAAUUCAAGAAUCACUUCAAUUACCACUCGCAGAGAUCAAGAAGAAUAUCAUGGCAUUAUGUGCUUCUAAAAACGCUAACAUUUUACUCAAGACUGGAAAUGCCAAGACUGUUUCCAAUGAAGAUGUUUUUAGUGUCAAUGUUAAUUUCACUUCCAAUAAUAGAAGAAUCAAAGUACCAAAUCUUGUCAUCAAGAUGGAUGUCAAAGAGAGAGAAGAUGUCGAUCGAACCACUCAAGAAGAUCGUAAACAUGCCAUUGAGGCUGCAAUUGUUCGUAUUAUGAAAUCAAGAAAACAAUUGGAUCAUCAAAAUUUGGUAUUAGAAACAAUCAAACAACUCUCUUCACAUUUUUCACCUGAUCCCAAAAUUAUCAAGAAGAGAAUUGAAGAUUUAAUUUCAAGAGAUUAUUUAGAAAGAGAUUCUUCAAAAGCAAAUGUCUAUCGUUAUUUGGCAUAA